AUGGUAAACAUGCGGGCCAUAACACAUGACCCUAAUGUGCGGAAUGAUCCCUUGAUUUUCAAGCCAGAAAGGUACCUACCAUCUGCUGGUGGUGUGAAUGUGGAUGUCAGAGGGAAUGACUUGAGGCUUGCGCCAUUUGGGGCUAGAAUUAGGGUUUGUCCUGGAAAGAGCCUAUGGCUAGCGACAGUGAGCUUGUGGGUGGCUAAGUUGGUGCACCAUUUUGAGUGGGUUCAAAAUGUGGCUCAGUCUGUUGAUCUUAGUGAGGUCUUGAACCUUUCUUAUGAGAUGAAGAAACCACUCUCUGCUGUAGCCAUUCCAAGGGUUAGGUGGAGGUGUUGUGGGUCUUUGAUGCGGUGGUGUGUGCGGUGA